GUUCUCUAUUGGGGAAGGAGAGGUUGGGGUAGGCUCUGGCUCUGUCACCACUGUUCCCCCCGAAAGCUGUAUGGAAGCAGCAGCCCAGCACCGUGGCUCAAGAGUCCAGACGCUGUACCCGCUGUACCCGCAGUGAUGACAUCCCUACUGCAGACCUAGUAGUUCAGCCAUUUCUACACCCAACGGGGUAGUGUACACCCGCCCUGGGCCAAGUGCUACCUGCCCACAACCGCCUCCUCUCACAGCAGGACCUCCGCUGAGAGCCAGGCAGCAGCCCCGGGACCGCUCCCCCACGCCCCGCCCGCCCGGAGCCCGCGGCGCCCCCGGAGGAACGCAGCCGGGGGCGGGACCUCGCGGGCAGCCUGCCCGCCACGCACGCCGCGCGGGGGCGGGCCACGUCGGGGGCGGGGCCGUGGCGCGCGCGGGAAGUGCUGCGGGGCGGCCGGUCGGCCUCAGCCGCUUCGCGUCAUGGCCUUUUCGGUACCCGGCUACUCGCCCAGCUUCAAAAGGCCGCCGGAGGUAGUGCGGCUUCGACGGAAAAGGUCCCGGAGCCAUGGAGCCGCAGCCUCCCGGUCUCCCGAGCUGCGUGAGCCGACGCCGCGCCGCGCCGCCCUGGCGGCCGGGCUGCCCCUCCGGCCCUUCCCGGCCGCCGGCGGCAGAGUCGGCGGUCCGACCGCGGCCCGCAGGAACCCCUUCGCCCGCCUGGACAAUCGGCUGCGGGUCGCCGCGGAGGCCCAGGACGGGCUGCCCCGCGGCCAGCAGGAGGCGCCGGGCUCGUUUUUAGAUACUAAUCAAGAGAAUGAUUUGCCAUGGGAAGAGACGUUAUCCGAAAGAACAACAGUUACUGAACUACCCCAGGCUUUACGCCUAUCAUUCUCUGAAUCGGAUAGUCUGUCCUCAGAAAAUACUGAGUUACCUGUGGACUGGAGUAUUAAAACCCGACUCCUUGUCACCUCUUCUCAACCCUUUACCUGGGCAGAUCAUUUGAAAGCGCAGGAAGAGGCUCAAGGUCUUGUCCAGCAUUGUAGAGCAACAGAGGUUACUUUGCCUCAAAGUAUAAAGGAUCCCAAACUCUCCACUGAGCUCCGUUGUGCCUUCCAGCAGAGUCUUAUCUAUUGGCUCCACCCAACCUUGUCUUGGCUACCACUGUUCCCUCGUAUUGGAGCUGAUAGAAAAAUGACUGGAAAGACAAGCCCUUGGUCCAGUGAUGAAACCGUGCAGCACAUUUUAAUGAGUGACUGGUCUGUAAGCUUUACUUCUCUGUAUAACCUGCUGAAGACAAAACUUUGCCCCUAUUUCUACGUUUGUACCUAUCAGUUUACUGUCCUGUUCCGAGCAGCAGGAUUCGCAGGAAGCAGUGUGAUAACAGCUCUAAUAUCUCCUACAACUAGAGGUUUAAGAGAAGCUAUGAAAAAUGAAGGUAAAAGUUUAGGUAUUGAAUUUUCUUUGCCUCUAAUAGAAGAAAGUGACCAAAAGAAGAAAGCACAUGGAACAAGCAUGGAACUUGGGGAGGAGCAAACACUCAGUGAUGAAGAUGAAGAGGAAAGUUUUUCUUGGCUGGAAGAGAUGGGUGUACAAGAUAAAAUUAAAAAGCCAGAUAUACUCUCUAUCAAGCUCCGUAAAGAGAAACAUGAAGUGCAAAUGGAUCACAGACCUGAGUCUGUUGUGUUGGUGAAAGGAGUUAACACUUUUACAUUGCUCAACUUUCUGAUCAACUGCAAGAGUUUAGUUGCCACCUCCGGUGCACAGGCAGGACUUCCACCAACCCUUCUAUCCCCUGUAGCUUUCCGAGGUGCCACGAUGCAAAUGCUUAAGGCACGAAGUGUUAAUGUAAAGACACAAGCUCUUUCUGGAUACAGAGAUCAAUUUAGUUUGGAGAUUACCGGUCCAAUCAUGCCUCAUGCUCUACAUUCUAUGACCAUGCUACUCAAAUCAUCACAGAGUGGGUCAUUCUCUGCAGUACUGUAUCCACAUGAGCCAACUGCUGUAUUCAAUAUCUGCCUGCCACUGGAUAAAACACUGGAAAAAGAAGCUGUUCAUAAGGAGCUUACUAACUGUGGGUUGCACCCUAAGACUCUGGAGCAACUUAGUCAGAUACCAUUACUGGGGAAAUCAUCUUUACGGAAAGUGGAAAUGAGUGACUACAUGUGUAAUUGGAGAUCCUGAACACCAAAGUAAGCCUAAAAGGAAUCUUUGAGGAAAAAAAGCAAGGAAAUUCAAGAUUCUUUUACCUUUGGCUUUAAAGUUCAUUUUGGAAGUUAAAAGAAAUGAAUAUACUUAAAAGAUACUGAAGUGUUUAUAAACAUUAACUUUUUAUAUUAACUUUUAUUACAUGCACUGAGCAAUAGCAUUAAGGCUUUAAAUCAUUUUCCUUUUACUGUUUUUAAACUAGAUUUUCAAAUAUGAAGAUGAUGCAAACUUUUUUAAAUCCUCACAUGAGAAUUCUAUAUGUACACUGAGUAGAAAACAAUUAAAAUCAGUGUUUCCUUCAAAGUGAGAAAUUGAGACUAAACCUGUAGCAGUUUUUUCGUGGCAUUGUGACUGAUGGUGUCAGGGCAAAGAUAGUUAUUUACCUAAAAUUAACAGACUUGUUUUAUUAAAAGUGGUAGAAAAUAAACAUAGGCAAUUUGUGGAGUUGGGUGGUGAUGCACCUACCUUAUCAUACUUCCUACUGAUAUAUAAUUCUUCUCAAAUAUAACUUAAGUUUUAAAGCAUGUUCAGAUAAAAGGGUAUUCUGUACUCUGUAUAGAACAGUGUUGAAUCAUAUGCCCAACUGUCAUGGCAAAGUAGCAUUUCAUUUUGGUUUUUUUGUUUGUUUUUGUGUGUGUGUGUGUAAAAGUAUUUUCAUAUAAACGUGUUUAAAAGAUCAAAGGUAAAGAAAUAGUAUUAGUGAAGACGUGUUUACUUUAUAAUCCAGAAAAUAAAACACCACAUUUAUUCCAGAGAAGUUUGUAUUUGGGCCUUGAGCUUUUGAAAAUAAAGUUUAGAGACAUAGCAUAUGAAUACCACUGUAAUACACAUGAAAUAUUCUAUCAGACCCUAAAAAUUAACAUAAAUUUAAACCUUCUCAUAGUCAACAAAAUAGUGGCUGGUUGCCAAUUUUAUUAGAUAAGUUGGUUACAGCAUUUUAAUUAUCAAUUUACGUCUAUCUAGGUGUAGCUGAAAUUCAAAAUGCACAUCAAAGUAAAACUAUAUCACAACUCAAGCCAUACUAAAUGUACUUGGCCUCUGCAGAAUUCUAAUCGGACUUCAUUUUGACACCCUUCUUAUGACCCAAGUGGCUUAAAUGGGAAUGCAGGACUUUUAGUGCUGAUCAUCACACAACAUACCACUUUCUUUUUAUAACCUCUACAAAAUUUUAAGGGGAGAUGGUGGCAUUAGCCCUGUGGAACAGAUCUUGCUUGAUUACCUCAAUUAACACUGGCCCAGUAUCUGUCCAGCAGAACCCAUUGAGAAAUAGUACAAGGUGCACAGCCCUUCACUGAUUACAGGCAAGUGUUACAGCAGCCUAGCCAUAAGGAAGGGAGUUACAUCAUAGUACAAAAUACAGUAUAAAAGCGUUAUUUAACAUUCCACACUGAAGAUUACUGAUGCCUUCAAACAAUUGUUUGGAUGUUAGCCACUUAAACAAAUACAUCACUAAGGUAAACAAUAUAAACAUACCAAAACCCUGUAUGGUUAAAUACAAUUUCCAUGGUACAAAAAUCAAAGCCUGGAGAUGUUUGUACAGAUUGCUUUUUACACAAUGUCUUAAAUUGCCAAAUAUUUACAACAUUAAAGAGGAAAUACAUUGUGAUGCAGAGUAAAAUUAUCUGAAAUGAUUAAUAUAAAACCUCAAUCUAUCUACGUGAGGCACUCCUGAAGCAAGUGGCAUUAGCCAUGAGGUCCUUUGGUACAAGGCCCAUUGCUUGAAGAACCACAGUAGCUGCUGUGGCUUUAGCAUGCUUCUUAUUAGGGCUGGCAAAGCUGGGCUGGUAAGCGCUUCCAUUUAUCAAUACCUAUUCAAGAAAAACAUACAAUUGGGCUGGUAAGGGCUUCCAUUUCUCAAUACCUAUUCAAGAAAAACAUACAAUAAGAACAGCAUCAAACUUUAAUAUCUAUUAGCUUUGUACUUUUUCACUAAAUGCUAGAAAAAUAAUUUAUAAAAAUAUAAAACCCAUACUAAAGUUAAAUCAAUCUCAGCCCAGAAAAAGCAAAUGAUUAGCAAAAAGGGACUGCAAGAGCCGUUUUCCAAAUUAAAAUUAAAAAACUGAAAGCAAAAAACAGCCUGAUAAAAGUAUAGAUUAACUUCCCAUAUUCCACUAGAAAAUAUGAACAACUUGUUCACCAGAUUUUGCCCAAUCUUUCCUUCCAACUGUUUUAAAUAGAAUAUUCACAAGUUGUAUUAAAGUACCCUUCAGUGUUUAAAAAAAAAAAUCCAGCCACUCUACCCACACACAUACACCCCCAACCCACAGAUUAAUACUAUUAUUGUAUCAUACUUAUCCCUCACCCUCUUAAGUCAUUAAAGUAAUAACAUAUACAAUUAGUGCAGAAAUUCAUAUUUACCCUAAAGAGAAAAUGUUUGCGAUGAUCAGGGCCACUAUCAUGGACCAAAAGAAAUUCAGGUGGUUGCCACCUUCUCUUAUUACAAAUUUCCAUCAAGGCAGAUACAGGAUGUUUGCCUGCAGAGAAAGAGGGAAAAAAAAGUAGUUAUGAAUUAUUUCCCACAACUUUUGCAACAAAGUAUGAUUCAAGGUUUGGGUGAAGCAAGAUGGAAAUUAAAAAGUGUGCUCUCACCUGACAGAUCUUUCAUUGCAGCAGAGAAAUUCCCAGACCUCUUUUGUGCUCUUUCUCCUACUGCAACAAGACCUUAAAGAAAAAAAAGCCAAUGUUCACUAAAAUUUCAAAAGCAUCACUUUCAAUUAUAAUAGAGAAAAACUCACAGUAUAUAAGCUUGAACCUCAGUGUUUUCAAAUAAAAGAUUCAAUUGAUUCAUACAAAAUUAACCUUAAUCUUCUGACAUUUGUUUUAAAAUCAUAUAUUGAAAUUAAACUAUUAAAACAAGGUCCUCAAAACACAAGAAUCUAGUGUGAACAAAUACACAAAUGCCAUAUAAUGAUAGACAUUUCCAGUUUAAGAAGUAGUAGCUAUUUUUCCAACAUGAUCUUAUAACUUCCUAUCUUAAAAACCAAUGUGUUAGCUGGGCGUAGUGGCACAUGCCUGUAGUCCCAGAUACUCAGGAGGCUGAGGCAGAAGAAUUCUAAGGUGGAAGUCAGUCUGGACAACUUAGCAAGACCCUGUCUAAAAAUAUGAAUGAUGGGGGAUGUAAGUUCAGUGGUAUAGCAUUUGUGUAGCAAGUAUAACACCCCGAGUUUAAUCCCCAGUACAACAAAAAACAAAUAAAAUGAUACUCUGUUAAGAAUUUGUUCGAGAAACAGAGAAAAAGGUAGUGUCUUGAAGGAUAAAUGAAUCCUAUCAUUUUCCACAUGUUUUAUUGAAAACUUCAACCAUUCCCUUUACCAAGUAUAUACCAGUAUAUUAAUCUUCCUCAAGCCUGUCCUGGGUAAUAUGAUGUUCUCUGUGAUCUUAUAUCCAAGUCAUGUACAGUUGUAAGGAGAAUACUUGGUACAGAGGUAGUCUGUUCCCAAUUCAUCAAAACAAUUUAACUGCUUAAAUUAACUCCCAAGUUAUUGUUCAACUACAGAAAGAAGAAAAAUUCCAUUUUUGUAAAAAUUAGGACUAAACAACCUAUAGUGAGCUAGCAACCACUGGUGAUUCCACUUAGAACAUAUUCCAAGGGAAGAAAACUGUUUAAAGUUACCAAAUGGUAUCAUCUGAAGAUACUAAGCAUAUAUUCAAUACUUAAUACCUACAUGCAGGCCAUACGGACCUCAUAUCUGAAAUUUUAAGUUCCAAGAUGCACCAACCCAAGUUAAUAUGAAGAGGUAACACUGUUGUCGAUAGCUGACUUACUGCUCUCCAGCCCCAACACAACUUUACUACCAAGUGGAAAAAGGAAAAGCAAAAACAGUUUAUGAAGACAAAAAACUAAUAAAUAAGGAAAAAAAUAUUAAAUAUCUGAGAAAGAAAAAAAAUCAGUUCUUAUAAACGUAUGGUCCCUGUCAAAAUAAUGCAAAAUGGAAUGUAGUUAAAUUUGUAGUCAAAAUUAGAUAUAUGGAAAUUUUAUAUUUCAACUAGCAGGAUGACAACUGCCUUUCAAAGCUCAAACCAGUGUCUAGCUCUACAUAAAAAUACACUCCUCUCUGUGACACUCAGUUAAAGUUUGUUUCUGCAAAAUAACUGUGCAUUCUUCAGGAAGAGGAGCCUCCAGUUAAAGAUCACUAAGAUCACAAUAAAUGUAGAGGAUGAAACCCUAAAUGUUAAAAGAGAUAUAAUAAACAUUUUAAAAAACAACUUGUUACCUUUUCGGUCUGUCUUAAAAUCAACUAGGAUAGGUUCCUUAUUUCCUUCUUUGUUUUUUCCUAAUCCUUCUCCUUCUCUCCAGCCCAUUUUUCUCAUCAAAACGGCUCCCAUUCCUCCAGUUACCGGGGCUGCUCUUAAGAACUGAUCCUAUCCAAAGAAAGAAAGGUAAAAUGUCCCCAUUUUACAAUUAGAACUUGACUACAGACUCACUGGUAACUUUCUAAAAAGAGAAAUCUUAUUUUACUUCUACAUCUGUUAUAGCAAUUAAAUGCCUCUGUACUUUAUAUUGUAGUAUAUGUUCUAAUUUCACAUUAACAAUAGUAUUUUGAAAGUCAAAUGGCAAUUUUAAAACAAUGGCCCCUCAGCCCCCCCUCCAAAAAAAAAAAAAAAAUAGAACACUCCUGUUUUCGUCCACUAUUUAGCUUCACUGGUAUCUCUUCUUAGCUUGUAAAAUAAAAAGAAGGCAAUGUUAAAACAGUCAAUAAUAUUAAUUGUCCCAGGUGUACCUAUUUUAUGAAUAAAGCCCAGAAAUUGUUUAGAAAUAGUAUGGAAACUGAAGAAGCAUACUGUUGUCAUCCAAAGUUUUCUUCCCCAUUCUACUAUAAAGCAAAUAUAAAUAUUUUUUACUUAGAAAAUCCCUAUGAAACAAAAUAACUCUUUAAAAUUUACACAGUAACAAAUUGAAGGUAAUCACAUAAACUACCCUGUAAGCAUACCAAAAUGUAUUUGAAUUCUUUUAAAACCUAGCUUGAUGUUAAAAAUUUUUAAAAAACUCCUUAAAUGUUUACAUACCUAGGCCUCGGUAGCAGCAGUGUUGUGAAUAGUACGGCUGGCACUGACCGGGGCAAGAAGACAGCUACAAGGAUUUGGCCCUGAAACAAGUUUCCAUACAGAGGGGUGAAAGUUCACAGGUUAUUCUGUGAACAAUCAUCUCUCUCGUAUCCAACCCACUGAACCAUAAUUUCCAUCAAAGCAGCAAACCACUUAAUGUCCUAAGAUGCACAACUAUAUACAUUAGCAUGGUCAACAAUCAAUCACUUUCAUGUUAAAGAAACAACCGAUGCCUCUUUUUUAGUGGGCAUCAAUAGUACUGAAUUUUGUGGAUCUGUAUGGCCAUUUUUUUAAAGAUCUGGAAACAUAACAUCUCCAAAUCCUGUUUUAUUUUCCCUUGUUAUUAAAUUUUAGGUUAAUGCUCUCUCUAGGAAAUAGCAAAAAUCAUUAACUUAUCAACAGAGGGAGUCAAAAACAUUGGUAGUUCAGGAAAUAGUAUGCAUUAUCAAUUCCUACAUUGAUAAGUUAAUAGAAAAGGUACCACAACUGGGUUUUUACACAGUAAUGAAACUGUAGUCUUUGUUUCCCAAGGUUAUAAUAAAAUACUGGGAAACAUGCCAAUGAUUUGUGAAUAGACAUUAAGUUCAACAAGGUGCUCUGAUGGAAGGAGGCAGCUGUGGAGGUAAAAACAUACCCCUGGUUCAGUUCCUUAUUUGGUGCAGGCCAUGCAGUGUAGAUGUAUAAAGAGAAAAGUUAGCUGAUGCUUGGUAUCAACUGCCUUGUUGCUACACACCUAGAAUGGCUUUUACUUACUUCCAGGUUCAUCUGCCCCUCUUUUCCAGGAAACACUCCUAAAAAAAAGGGCAACUGUGCAGACAGAGUACAAUAUAAAUCCCCAAAUGACCCCAGUCUCCAACUGUUUGCAUUCUCUAAUAUCUUCAUUUGUUUCCUUUACCCAGGGUAUAUGCAGUUCACUAAAAAAAGCUGAUUUAUCUGAGUCCCACAGUAUUUAUCAAAUCCAUGUCCAAAUAAUUUCAUUUCAAAAAAUAAAGUUUCUUAUAAAUCAAUUACCAUUUUUAAUCUUAACGUUUGAGAACACUUAUAAAACUUUCUUCAGCAAUAAACUAAAGAACACAGAACGUUAACAUUCCCUCAAGUUUUAACCUGAGUGUGCUGGUCUACCCUAAAACAAGAGAAGUUAAAUAAUCAUUUGGACAGGUUUUCUAAACAUUUCAAUGUUUAAUGAGUAUAUAGUAUUUGUAAUAGAAAACUAUUAAAUUUUCAGUUGCCCCAUGACUUAAAUGUUCUGGCCCAUUUUUAUAAAAAUGCUCUUUCCUUAAUUGAUUAAGCAAAUUUUUUUUAAUUUUACACAAAUGGAUAUUUUCCCAAACAUGGUGCUUUUUCCUAUAAUAUUUAAAGCUUGGAUCUUAUUUAUACAUCAUUAUCAUUAUAACUUAUCAAAAUUAUUUCCUUCCCAAAGUAUAUUUUAAAGGUUCCACUAAACAUUUUAUAUACUUAAAAAAUCUGUCCUCCCCUGUCUUCAAAACUGAUAAUACCAAAAAUUUAUUUUGAAGAAGGUUUAUAUGAAGCCAAUUUGAAUCAGUAAACGAUUCACUUUGUAAUUAUUUAACAUGAUAUUUAGAUGUAAACAAACAUGGAGCAGCAGCACAUCAUACAAAUGAAGGCCAAAAUUUUGCAACUGAAGGCUCAUUCAAAUCUUUCUACCUAGCACUAUAGUACAUGACUGUUCAUUAUACACCUAAAUAUCUAAGCUUCAUUCUAAUUUCCUGAAAUACUGAGCACUGUGCUUUAAGACUGAAUAAUAUUAACGAAUCCAGACUGGAGAUAUAGCUCAGUGGUAGAUCUUGGGCUUAGCAUGCUUGACAAGGACCUAGGUUAUAUAUACCCAGCAUCACCAAAAAAAAAAAAAAAAAAAAAAAAAAAAAAGAAGAGAUGGAAAACAAACAGAUGUACAUUUAUAAUUCUUCCCACUAAGAUAAAUGUCCUUUUUCAAAUACAUGAAACACUUUCAUAUUUCAACAUAAAUUAGUAUAAAAAUUUAAUCCAAACUAGAAUAUUUUGCUAGAUUAUCACUUUUUUCAACACCAAGCCCCGUAAACUACAUUAACUUUUUUAUUUUUCUUUAAAUGAAUCUGAGUAUGUACUCAUUGUAUACAUAGUAGUGCAAUUAUGUCUCCAAAAAGCAGGCCAAAUAAGGAUAUGUCUUAUAUUAAAAUUGUUAAGAGGAUCAACAGAGACAAUGCUACCUGAACUGGAAAUGUUAUGAUAAUGAAUAUCCAAAUCAACUAUUAUUUCAUUUUCUGUAUAGUCAGCUCAUCCAUGAGUGGCAGCCAUUGCAAUUCUCUAUAAUAUGUACCAUCACAUUAAUGACUGCUGCUCUUUGAGGCAGUAGUAAAGGACCUGUCUCCAUUUGACUUGGGAGACUUUGAAAUUCAAAAAAUUUACUUGCCCACGAUCACACAAGGAGUCAGGAAUACAGCAGGAUAAAGAAACCUUCCCAAAUCCAUUAGUACACGCAGCCUCCCAGUUUCAGCACUGCUAUACUGCCAGUACUCCUGAAACAAAUUUCUCAUCAUCCAUCCAACCAAACCACAACCCUUCACCAGAAUGCAUUUCUUCAGAAAGCCCUUCUUAACCACCUAAGACUCCCCCAACAAUGAGGCAGCCGUAGGUGGAGUUCACACCUCACUGCAGGAAUCUGAGACCAGGUGCACCUACAUCUUCGUAGCACAAGGUGUCGGUCCUCUCCCUUGAUCUUAGGUAUAAUAUCCUGUUUUUUCAUGAAAUCAGUGGUUCUCAAAUUAAGCCUGUGGAUCACCAGAGGCCACCAGGGCCUAAAUGGUGGUCCACAGAUAUUAAUCUACAUUCCCAUCCCACCCCCAUUCCCACCCUUCAGCACUGCCCACCCCACACUCCAGGCCAUCCUCCCCCACCUUCCAGUCCCAUGGCAAGUUCACCACAUGCAGUGCUAAUACUAGGGCCUCCCAACCGCUUGCUAUAACUAACAAUGGACCACCACAUAGGGACCUGAGGCUGGAAGUCACAACAGGUGUGAGGAGAGAAGGAGCCAAGGGAUCUUAUAAGAGGGCGCAGGCACUAAAUGAGAAGGCAAGGACAGAGGAAUAAAGGAAUGGAACAUUAGGGUAGUAGAGGGUUCUUAGGGGCACUGAUCCACAAAAAAUAAACCUGUAAUAAAGUAUCCCAUGAUAAAGAAAAAUUUUGAGAACCACUGCUUUGAAAUGAUUAGGUUAGUAGUACAACAGAAAUUGUGGGAUGUUCUGAACAGUACCAAAUACAGUUAGCAUUCAAAACACAGUUAAAAUAAAACCACCCCCACCAAAACCAGCAGCAGCACCAAAAAUAAAUAAAUAAAUAAAUAAAUAAAUAAAUAACCUUAGGAUACAAAUUGAGUGGCUCUUGAGCCAUAUUUAUACAUUUCCCAUUGUCUCAUGAUUCCAGUCCAUCUUCAGCAUCCAUCCUGGAGUACAUACACAUAGGAAAUUUACUCAGGAACUUUGGUUAGAGUCACUGACCUCUUUGUGUAUUUUUAAUAAAACAUUUAAAAAUUUUUAACUUUGUACAGCAAACUUUUGUAUGUGCAUAUGUUGUGUACCUUUUUAAUCCAGGCUUGGGCACCAGUAUUGGCCAACUGUUCUUGUGUCAGAACCUGUACUCCUGUACUUCCAGUGAACUGUCCAGGAAUAGAGUUCAGCUGAGCCCAGGCAUCAAUCUGAAGAAAAGAAGCCACCUUAUUUAAGUAAAAUUAUGUAUCUAAUUAAAAUGCUACUGGUAAUAAUUUAAUUCACAAAAGAAAAAUGGUUUACUUCCUGUAAGGGAUAAAUAAGACAAAUAUUGUACUUUGAAAAUACACUGAAAUUAUGAAUAUUUAAGUGUUUUCCUAAAUCUCCCAAAGCAGUAGUUUAACAGUAUUCAGUGAUUCCUAUCAAUAAGAAAUGAGAUAUAUGUAACUAAAAAGCAAAAUAUGACAGUUACAUGAAAAAUGUAAGACUAUAUUGCAAAGGAUCCCUGCCCUCCCUUCUUACCCACUGCAUAAAGAUGUACUCUAAUAAAUAUCAUGAUCAUAUGAACUUUUAAUUACUUCCUUUGAGAUAAUAGAAUCCAGAACUAAAUUCAUGACACAUGCUUCAAGAUUAAUAAAUAACAGGAAAUAUUCACUCAAAUACAUUAACAGCUUCCUUAAAAACCUAUGGACUACAUUAAUCACCAAUGUUUAUUAUGAUAAAGGAUCAGAUUUCAAAUUAUAUUUACUGCACACCUGGUAUUGUCGCAAAUAUAAUUUCGUAACACUGUACAUUGUUCUAUAUACAUUUACAUAGAAAGUUAAAAGAGAAAGGAGAAGCUAUCCAUUGUAGAAAGCAGAGACUGCAUUCAGAUUAUCUGGGUGUGAAUCCCAGUUCUUCAGCUUACUGGUUUGUGUGAUCUUGCUAUCACUUAACCACACUUUACCUGUGGUUCCUUACGUGAAACAUGUAAACUAAUAGUAAUAGAUACACACUCAUGGGCUGGGAUUGUGGCUCAGUGGUAGAGCACUUGCCUGGGAUGUGAGGCCCCUGGGUUCAAUCCUCAGCAUCACAUAAAAAUAUAAACAUUAUAAAGGUAUUGUGUUCAUCUACAACAAAAAAAAACAUUUAAAAAAAAAGAUACACACUCACAAGGCUGCUGUGGGCACUUUGUUAUUUUUAUGUGCAAGAUUGUAAAUUCCAUGAUAGGGAAUUUUUUUCUAUUUUGUUCUCUAACCAUAGUAUGCAAUAAACAUUUACUGAAUGAUCAGGCUUCAAAUCACUUUCAUUUAAAAUAUGCCAGUUUAAUAAUUAGAACAAUAUUUAUCACAACUUAUGAUUUUAUUAAAUUCUUUUUCAUUUAGACAUUAAAACUACUACAUACCCGUUCUUGAGCUCGAUUUAACAUGCUCAUGGCUUCAAGGUCAAAUGCAUUCUCACUGAGUCUUUUCUGAGCAAGUGCCCGUUCGCUCAUUGCUGUAGAGAUGUCCACAGGCUAAGAAAGAAAACAUAGAUAAUUAUCUCAAAUUACCAAAGCCCCCUAAAUCAUAAUAAAUGCUCCUAUCUUCUGUUACUACAUGUCAAAAAACAUCCUUAAAUAUUAGUAAUAUUGUUAUAAGUCGGAAGACACAAAAAGGAAAUUUGGAAAAAAAAUUAAAAGUAUCAGAAGCAGCAAAACCCAACACAAAAUCUGAAUGAAUUCAGUUGUAUUUUCUAUAAUAUCACUGAUUACAGAAAAUUCCAUUAAGAUCUUUUAAUGGCAGGAUUUUUUUGAACUAUUACAAAUUUUAUAUGCUUUAUUCUCACUUGACCUUAAGUAUUGGCAUAACCUUCAACAGCAGUGAGGUUCUUGGAAUAAGCAAGUGGCAAACCAUUAUGGUGUCAAUGAUGGAUCCUUCAAGCAGGGCAUCUUUCACCUCUCAUGUUUUUCACAAUAGUUUGGUAUUAAGAACUGAAUUUCUUCAAAGAAUAUAUUCAGUAUAUAGAUAAAUCUUUAAGUUUUCAGUUUGCAUACAUUACUGAAGUUAAAAUAUUUUCAUGGAAGUUCAUAACAUCAGUGAAUACAUUUUUAAAUAAGAUUCUCAUUCCCAUCAAAGGCUAUAUUCCACCUUUUAAAGCCUUACAUACACUAGAGCUAGGGGGUGUAUGUAGCUCAAUGGUAGAGUACUUGCCUAGUCAUGCACAAGACCCUGGGCUUGAUCACCAGCAGGUGGGGAUGGGGGGGCCAGGGAGGGCUCCACAGAAACAAACAAAAAAAUUAAAGGAAACAAACCUUAGAGAUAAUUCUUAUAGCUACUUCUCAAUUUGUCAGAUUUGUAUAAGGUUUAACCUGUUAUUUCAUGGUUUUUAUCUAAAAUUAAGAGCACAAGUUAAUUUGUAUCAACUAAUUCUUGAUUUGUUUUUCUUUAACCCAUUAAUAUUUUCUACUUAUUUCACCAAGAAAAUUCAUUUUUGUAAAAUGCUUAUGUGACUCGGGAAGGCUUUGAUUUUUUCAUAUACAGGGAAUGAUCAGGAUAUGACAAACAUAAAGAACUCAAAAUCAUGAACAGCUAAGGAUUUUUUAAAAUUAGAACCUAGCUAUAACUUGAUAUUUACUGUGUAUAAAAUAACUCUUAAAAAUAAGAUUAUAGUAGAGAAGGCUAUAUGACUGAGAAUAAGUAUAUCUCAUGCAUUAUGAUAUAAUUUUCCUUUUCAUAUCUUCAGAACCCCUUAUCACACCAUCAUUCUUUUCUUGCUGAAACAUCUAAGAUUCCUUUAGCUAAAUCAAAUUUUUUCUUCCACGAUGUAUAAAUUCCUAAUUCCUUCUUAGAAUGAAUACCAAAUUGAUUUCAUUCUGUAAUUGUUAAACUGUUCUCUUGAAAGAUCCUAAGUGCUUAAUCAACUAAUUUAUACAUAAAUGAGUAUUUCUAAGGCCUAAAUAAAUCAAGCAAAGUUUGAAUGAAACCCUAAGAAAUAUACUAUGUUCAUCUUUUAUUUCUGCUAUGUUUUGUGUGAUUCCUUGGAUUUUAAGUGGAAAUACAGAUAUUUCAAAACAAAAUUUAUCUCCCAUUUAGGCCUACAUGAGGUGUCUCCUAAAACUUUCAAGUGAAUUAUCAAGGUAAUUUUUGAAAGAUCACCAAAUAAAACAAAUACUGUCUCAUUAAUCUUCCCAGAUUUUGGUGUCCAUAACAACCUAUAAAUUUAAGUGUUAGGGUACUUUGGCAUAAAUAAGAAAUAUUUAUUCUGGAAAAUUAAACUCUGAAAAGAUAGUGGGGAAAAUAUGCCUACCCAUCAUCCUAACCCCUGAUCCCCAAUUUCUAACUAUAAAUUAGUCAUAAACAUAUUUAGAUGGUUCUGAAAAUACUUUUCUAGAAUGAAAAAGUAGAACACAUGAAUAUACCUGUGAAUCACACUGCUAGAGAUAUUUUAGAUCUUCAUAUUUUGUCAUUUAGCCUUUGAGAAGUAACCUAAAUAGUUCAUCAUUUACCCCCAGAAUGGAACUUCAUCUCCUUAAUAUUUCGUGUUAAAUUCAAAUCCCACUCUGAAUGGAAUCUUAAUGUAGCAACCCUGAUGUUUAUUUCAAAUUCACUUUAGAUAAAAUUUCAACUUUUGUGUGUGUGUGAGGCAAUACAAUUCAUCAAUAGGUCUAUUCAUCAGAAGACCUACUAAAUAAGCUGCAAGCUCAUACCAAACACUUGUUUCUAAGUAGU